AUUUCAGAAUACGGAGAUGGGAGCCAGCACAAAUGAGGUCCAGGCAUUUUUUAAGGGGUAGAGUGAGAUCAGGAGUCACCCUGUUUCUUCCCUCCACACCCAGACACCACGCAGCCCUGGCCUGUGAAUCACUGAUUCAAAAGGGCCAUGCAGUUAGGCAAAGGUGCAGAACUGGUAUGGGGCUGGAGGGACACGCAGGUGGCAUGACGGCCAUUUGGGUGACAGCGAGAGGAAGCAGCGCUGCUCACUCCUUCUCCAGUCCAGGGCCCCGUGAUGGAUUUCACCUUGGACAUUUGCCUUUGGAACGGUUGCUCCUUGCCAAGAGCACUCCCCCAGAGACAGAUGGAGAAGGAGACAGCUCCAUGGUUCCCGUUCUGGGACUGGCCUUUCGCCUCCUGCCUCCCACAGCUCAGGUGGAGAGAGGAGGGCCCUGCCCUUACCAACUGGAGAGCAUCAGGGCAGCUGUUGUGGAGCCUGGUCCAUCCCGAGCACUCCAGCGUUCCAUUUCAAGGGUCUCUUCCUGGCUCCCCUCCCACCGUCAUUCCUUUGAGAUAAUGUGGCCUUGGGAUCAAGGCGUGGAGAGCUGCCAGCUACUGCCACCUGACACAAAGCCUCAUCACCCUUGCGUGUUUCUCUCUCCCCUCUCCGUCCUCGCCAUGGGAUCACGUUGUGGGUCAUUAUUUCCUUUCACCAAGGUAGGAGCAGAGGGAGAGAGGGCUGGAAAAAGAGACCUCUCCCUUUGCUAACUGAUGAGGAAGAAGCAUGUGGUCUGAGUGGGCCUGCCCCUUGCCUAAUUUUUGCCCAAUUUUUUGGCCUCUGGAGUCCCUGGUAGACUUCUUAACUUCUUGAGCACAAGGUUACCAUGUGUCUAAUUGCUCAGCUCCAUUUAGAGUGGUGGAGGGAAACUGGUAUCAAUGAAUGAAUGAAUGAAUCGAUGGAUGGUUUAAUGACAGCUUGGAGAACCAACUGGGGUUUGAGCAAGAAACAGGAAGAGAAGGCCAACAUCUUUUAGCUCACCGAAUACUUUCAUGCCCCUUGGGAAGAAGAAAAAUGGAUAUGGGAAAGGCAGAGCAUGGAAGAGCUUAAAUUGAGCAUAAAGGACAUAAAACUAGAUAAGUAAGAUCAGAAAUAAAAGAUGAGUCAUCAUCGAAUCCAAACCUUUACAUUUUCAGCAGAGGGUGCCAAAACCUCAAGGGGAUAGUGACUUCCUUAAAAUCACAGAACCAGAGUGAAGACUGGGGUCUUUUGACUUUUUUUUUUUCUGUCCCUGACAAAAUGUUGCUCUUUUCUUCUCCAUACUUUCAUAUUUUCAAACUCAUUUAUUCCAGAAAAUUAUCUGCCUUCUAACCUGGGGCUCCUCUUUUUUGAUCUAAAGAAGUUAUCCAAACUUACCUUGAGCUUACUGUCCUUGAGGCCAUUUUGGCCUUUGUUUUGUGGCCUCAAAGCUGCCCUCACUUAGAAAGGAUGAGUGACGGUAGCAGAAGCCAGCCAAGCAGGGCCAGUUUCUCCCCAGGCUGGCCCCAUGAAAGGUUUGGCUUGGGUUCUCACCAGGGUCCACAAGUCUUGCCUCCUAGAGGUUUGGUCCAGUGGUCUGCAGUCCUGAGAAUUUAUGCCGUCUCAAACAGAGGUUUUCAGACCUUGCCUGAUGAUCCAGGGACUGGAACUGAACACACGUUGUACCCCGUUAUAGCAACUUGGGUGUCCCAAACAGGACCCAUCACUUCCAAGUCCCAGGCUAGGAUUUUCUAACCAAGUAUAUAGUUAGAGGAAAAUUUAAUCCACAUGUAUCCGACUCACUGAUCUCUAAAUCAUCCUAGAGUUUGAUUCUGGGAAUGGUUUGAUGUGUACUCUGCUUUUUUUCAACUUUUGGAUCAGUGCACUGGCCAAGACAUAAUAAAUAGCAACCCUGAGAGAGAGAAGGAAGCUUCAAGUAGAGGCAUGACCUGCAGGCUCUUCCCCUCGUCCCAGCUGGAGACAGGCGCCCAGCAGGAGCAGAGAGUAGGCCAGAAGCCCAGAAAUAUGCCUUAGGUUAACCUCACCCUCAGCCUCCUCUUCUGCUUGUAUUUCUGGGAUGCAGAGCCUGACUAGGGAAAAAUCACUCAGCCUAGAAGAUGGUGACACCACAGAUUUAUGGCAUCCGAUCUUUGUUGCACCCUCCAGGGUACACACUAAUCCCAGCUUGUGAUUCCUACUGUCAUCCAAGGUCAUUCCAGGCCUUUUCCACUCUUCUGGAGAUCUCGAGCACUCUUUUGCAACAAUUUCUCAUUUUGAAAAGAAAAAGGAGUCCAUCAGGAAAGAAUUUCCUCCAUUGCCUGUGACGCUCUACAAACCUCCAUGCCUCAGCCACCCUCCUUUUCCAUGAGGGCUCCCUCUCAGGGCUGGUUCCUCAGAUCUUGCCCUAGUAAUCCUCCUUCAUGAAAACCUCAGAGUCUCAGAGUCUGUUUCUGCUGAUGUGAGCUAAGUAUAUUUCAGGAAGAGGGGCAUGUCAUCGGGAUCCAUUUCUUCCUGUGUUCUCCGGAACCUUGCUCUAAGAUCCUGUCUUUCAUCCUGAGUUUUUUCUGAAUCUUUAAGCUCCACCUCUCCUUAGCAUAUAUACUCAUUCAAGUAUUUCCUGUACUAAAAAUAAAAUGAAACCUUCCUUC